UGGAAGCUCUUGUGGGCCACCACGGUAGUGGCGGUUAUUUCCACGUGCCAUGUAGACGCUAAAAGCAAGCGGGCAAUUGAUAGUUACCCAAGUCAGGAGAGUAACGGAUAUUUCUAUGAUAAGCCUAAAAAUCCUCUCACUUUUCCACCUGCACCAAUAACGAGACCACCACCUCCUAUCACAACUAGGCCCCCACCUCGAACAACAAGACCUCCACCUCCAAUCACAACGAGACCACCACCUCCAACAACGAGACCUCCGCCUCCUGUAACAACGAAACAGCCAACAACAGGAUAUAGUUAUCCAACUCCUGGAAUUCCUUUCCCCCCUCCACCAGAACCUCCAGUUAAACGACCACCGCCUCCUCCACCACCCCAACCUCCAAGAAGACCACCUCCUCCACCUCAGCCUCCAGUGAGACCACCUCCUCCACCCCAGCCUCCAGUUAGACAACCACCUCCAACUUCUAGACCUCCUCCAGAAUACACUUAUCCAACUCCUAGUGUUCCCUUCCCACCUGCACCAAGACCAACUCAACCUCCAAGAAGACCACCUCCUCGACCACCACAACCUCCAGUGAGACCACCAUCACCACCUCAACCUCCAAGAAGACCACCUCCUCCCCCACCACAGCCUCCAGUAAGACCACCUUCAACCUCUAGACCUCCUCCAGAAUACACCUAUCCAACUCCUAGUGUUCCCUUCCCAUCUGAACCAAGGCCAACAUCUCAACCUCCAAGAAGACCACCUCCUUCACCACCACAGCCUCCAGUGAGACCACCAUCACCACCUCAACCUCCAGUAAGACCACCAUCACCACCUCAACCUCCAAGAAGACCACCUCCUCCACCACCACAGCCUCCAGUAAAACAACCACAACCCCAACCGCCGUCAUAUACUUACCCGGUUCCGGAUAAGGAAUUUACUCCUCAAACAACAAGAAGGCCACCAAGCACUCAAAGACCAACAACGCCUCUCGAUAUAACGCCACCACCGUUUGAGUUUACCAGAAGAACAACUCCAAGAACAACGCCAGAAGAUAGCUACACUUAUCCAACUCCAAAGGUGCCAUUCCCUUCAAACCCUGAUAGGGUUACUUCCAGGCCACCAACAAGGCCUCCAUACAAUCCACCACAACCUCAACCACCAACAAGGCCACCGUACAACCCACCACAACCACAACCACCAACAAGACCACCAUACAAUCCAUCACAACCUCAACCACCAACAAGGCCACCGUACAACCCACCGCAACCGCAACCACCAACAAGGCCUCCAUACAAUCCACCACAACCUCAACCACCAACAAGGCCUCCAUACAAUCCACCACAACCUCAACCACCAACAAGGCCUCCAUACAAUCCACCACAACCUCAACCACCAACAAGGCCUCCAUACAAUCCACCACAACCACCACCAACAGCAAGGCCACCGUACAACCCACCACAACCUCAGCCACCAACAAGGCCUCCAUACAACCCUCCAGAACCUCAACCUCCAAGAAGACCAUCCCCGCCAAGUCGGCCACCAUCUACAAAUGCUCCGGAUUACCUUCCCCCAGUUAGCAGAGAACCAACUACAACAACUCAACGACCAAUAACUAGACCUCCAACAACAACCACCCAGAGGCCAAUAACUAGACCACCAACAACAACAACUCAAAGGCCAAUUACUAGGCCACCAACUACUACUACUCGGAGACCAAUAACUAGACCACCAACUACUACAACUCAGAGGCCGAUAACUAGGCCACCAACAACAACUCAAAGGCCAAUUCAAACAUCUCCCAACAAUAUCGUAACUCGAACAACGCCAUACCCAGUAACUUCUCCUAGAGUUACUUUCUCGACUCCAAGACCAACAACUAAUGGCCCCGAGUACCUACCUCCAGUUACUGCUCCUAAAACAACCAGGUACCAACCACCAUCAACCCCUCCAACAACCAGAUACACUCCUCCUCCAACGACAACAACCAUUAGAACUACAGAGUACCGGCCUCCACCAACAACAACCACCAGAUAUGUCCCUCCAAUAACUCCAAGAACCACCACCACCACCACCACCACCAGGAUUCCAUACAUUCCUUCAUCGACGACUCCUGGAGUGUAUCUUCCUCCAUCAGUUAAAACUACGAGAUACACGCCACCUCCAACUCCUUCGACAACGAGGUACACACCACCUCCAACUACAACAACCAGAAGGACUACUAGGUAUCAACCACCACCAACGACUACUACAACUCCAAGGCCGUUUAGCAUAUCUACGACUCCAGCUGAAUACUUGCCACCAGUUACCGAAACUAGACCCACUCCUCCUCCAUUUACCCAAACUAGACCCACUCCUCCUCCAUUUACCCAAACCAGACCAACUCCUCCUCCAUUUACCCAAACCAGACCCACUCCUCCUCCAUUUACCCAAACUAGACCAACUCCUCCUCCAUUUACCCAAACCAGACCCACUCCUCCUCCAUUUACCCAAACUAGACCAACUCCACCUCCAUUUACCCAAACCAGACCAACUCCACCUCCAUUUACUCAAACCAGACCAACUCCACCUCCAUUUACUCAAACCAGACCCACUCCUCCUCCUAUACCUCCAAGUGUGAGACCACCGCCAUACUUACCUCCUUCAACUCAAAGACCAACUUACUCAACCUUUACCGCUCCUCCAUUCCCAACCGUAGUCUACAGUUCAACCUUUAACACUGUAACCUACAGACCCGUGACUGGCAAACCUUACUCACCUCCAACUUUACCUCCUCCAACCUCCAAGCCCUCGGGAUACAACUACCCCAUUCCUGACAUUCCCUUCGAGUUCCGUAAGCGCUAA